ACACAAAUUCCAUUGAUAUCGUCUGCCGCUACAUUACCGCAAACAUUAUUUCCCAAACUCGAUAAAGCUUUGAGUCAGUUUAUUAUGCCUGAAAUACAAAAAAUUCAGUGUGCUAAAAUUAAAAGUUGCCUAAAUUAUUAUGCAUCUGCUAUCACAAAAGAUAAAAUGAUUAAAUAUCAAGAGACUGAGUUAGAUAAUAUCUCGUUUGUAGAAGAUGACGAAGAUAUUAUGCAAAUUUCAAUUAA